GUAAAUAAACCUAAAAUAAAUACAUGUUAAAAUGGAUGUUAUCGGAGGGUGCAAAACGACAAUACCAUUUUUCGUUUUUCUAGUUGAGUUGAGAGUUGGCCUCUCCCUCGCUCCCAAAAUCCAAAUGUUGAGGUCUCAUUCACUACAAAAUAAAUUCUGAACUCAUAUAUAGCAAAGAUGAGAAUGGUGAUGAGAAUCCCGAGCCACAGGGCCAGCAGGGGUGUGAGCUUUGUAAACCUGGUACAGCAGCUUGUGUACCUUCAAGCAGUUUUAUUGUCGUCAAUUGGUGCCUCUGCAUCCAUCACCGUCCUAGCGUCAUCGUCAUCGUCAUCAUCAGUAGCAGCAGCAGCAGCAGUGAGGAUGAACCAGAGUGAGCCUCCCCCUCCCCCUCCGAUGGCAAAGAAGGUGGAGCAUAAGAUGGAGAUGUUCGGAGACGUGAGAGUGGACAACUACUAUUGGCUUCGAGACAACUCUCGCUCCAACCCCGACGUCCUCUCUUACCUUCAACAAGAGAACGCUUACACCCAAUUCCUCAUGUCCGGAACUAAGAAAUUUGAAGAUGAACUGUACGCUGAGAUGAGGGGGAGGAUCAAGGAGGAUGAUAUAUCUGCACCUGAACGAAAAGGUCCCUACCAUUACUAUCAAAGGACUUUGAAGGGUAAGGAAUAUGUUCAGCAUUGUCGUCGCUUAAUACCCAACUUUGAGGCUGAGGCCCCACUCUCUGUAUACGAUACAAUGCCCACCGGACCUGAUGCUCCUACCGAGCAUGUAAUCUUGGAUGAGAAUAUUAAGGCUCAAAACCAUGACUAUUAUAGCAUUGCUGCUUUUAAGGUUAGUCCAAAUAAUAAAUUGGCGGCAUAUGCAGAAGACACCAAAGGAAAUGAAAUUUAUACAAUUCAUGUCAUUGAUGCUGAGACAGGUGCUCCUGUGGGACUGCCUCUAGUUAAUGCAACAUCCAAUCUUGCAUGGGCUGGUGAUGAGGCUUUAGUUUAUAUUACAAGGGAUGAAACUCUCCGGCCUGACAAGGCAUGGUUACAUAAGUUGGGAACAGAACAGUCAAGUGACUCGUGCCUCUAUCAUGAAAAGGAUGAUAUGUUUUCUCUUGACCUUCAAACUUCUGAGAGCAAAAAAUUCUUAUUUGUUGGAUCUGGAAGUAAAAUUACAAGAUUCAGCUUUUACCUCAAUAUUGCAAAGCUUGAAGAUGGGCUUGUGGUUCUGACACCUCGUGUAAAUGGCAUUAAUACAUUUGUUAGUCAUCGAGGAAAUCAUUUUUUUAUAAUGAGGAGAAGCGACAAAUGUUUUAAUUCUGAAGUAAUUGCUUGUCCACUGGAAAAUACAUCUGAAACUACUGUUCUUCUUCCACACAGGGAAAGUGUAAAAAUUCAGGAUAUGCAACUUUUUAGUGAUCACCUUGUUGUAAAUGAGCGUGAAGAGGGUCUACCAAAAGUCACUAUCUAUCACCUUCCAGAUGUUGGACAACCGCUUAAAAGCCUUGAUGGUGGUCAAGCUGUCAAUUUUUCGGAUCCCUCAUACUCUGUGGAUCUAUUAGGAUCAGAAUUUUCUUCCAGAAUUUUAAGAUUUUCUUAUAGCUCGAUGAAAACACCUCCGUCUGUAUAUGAUUAUGAUAUGAAGACAGGCAUUUCUGUUUUGAAGAAGAUCGAAACAGUUUUGGGAGGUUUUGAAGCAUCAAAUUAUGUUACUGAAAGGAAAUGGGCUAAUGCUUCAGAUGGUACUCAGAUUCCAAUAUCAAUUGUUUACAGGAAGGAUCUCAUAAAACUUGAUGGAUCGGAUCCAUUGCUACUCUAUGGCUAUGGCUCCUAUGAGGUCUGCAUAGAUCCCAGUUUUAAAGCUUCAAGGCUGUCUUUGCUGGAUCAUGGUCUUAUUUAUGCUAUAGCUCACAUUCGUGGGGGUGGUGAAAUGGGGAGGCAGUGGUAUGAGAAUGGAAAGUUACUGAAGAAGAAAAAUACUUUUACCGAUUUUAUUGCUUGUGCUGAGUAUUUGAUAGAAAAGAAGUACUGUUCAAAAGCAAGAUUAUGCAUGGAUGGAAGCAGUGCAGGUGGAUUGCUUAUUGGUGCUGUUCUUAAUAUGAGGCCUGAUUUGUUCAAGGCUGCUUUUGCUGGAGUGCCCUUUGUUGAUGUUCUGACAACAAUGCUUGAUCCAACUAUCCCUCUCACAACUUCAGAGUGGGAGGAAUGGGGUGAUCCACGUAAAGAGGAGUUCUACUUUUACAUGAAGUCGUAUUCCCCUGUUGAUAAUGUUAAGGUGCAAAAUUAUCCAAACAUUCUUGUUACUGCUGGUCUAAAUGAUCCACGGGUGAUGUACUCAGAACCUGCUAAAUUUGUUGCAAAACUAAGGGAUAUGAAGACUGAUAAAAACAUCAUUUUGUUUAAAUGUGAAUUUGGUGCUGGCCAUUCUUCAAAGUCGGGGAGAUUUGAGAAGCUUCAAGAAGAUGCCUUCAUAUAUACCUUCAUUAUGAAGGCUCUGGAUAUGGUUCCUGCCCAAGGAUGUGGGCUGAAUUAAUUAGACUGCUCUUAGGAGGAUGUGGUGCAAAUUAUAUAGGAUUCACGUCACAAAAACACUUUUCUUUUUUCUUUUUUGGGUCCGGUAUGGUGAUGUUGGAAUCUAAUCGGAUUUCGAAUCGGAUUGGGUCAAAAAAAAAUUUAAACUCGGGUUGAGUGGAAUUUCAGGUGCUCCGCUCCAUCUCCGACCUGUUUACAGCCCUACAUUGGAGACUCUUUGUAUUUUUCUGUUGAAUGUGACUUUUUUUUAUGGGUAAAAGUUGAAUGUGAUAUUAUUAGACGGAAA